GCGCCCUUAGCGUCCGUCUGGGAUCCGCUCAGGCCUCCGUUCCACGCCGCCUCCGAGGCCCGGCAGCGGAGACCCCGCCGCUGAGAAAGGGCUGACGGCUGAGGAGUCUCAAUUUCCCCCGACGUGAAAGCAUUGAGCAAAGCCAUGGCCCUUGUCCUUCUCCCUCCCGUGGCUCACCAGGCAUUGGUGACCUUCAAGGACGUGGCUGUGGACUUCACCCUGGAGGAGUGGGGGAACCUGCGCCCUUCCCAGAAGGAGCUGUACAGGGACGUGAUGCUGGAGAACUACAGGAACCUGGUCUGGCUGGGACUUGCAGUUUCCAAACCAGAUGUGAUUUACCAGUUGGAGCAAGUGGAAGGCCCUUGGGUGCUUGAGGGAGAGGCCCCAGCAGUCAGCUGUCCAGAUUUUGAGACUAGACUUGAAACCAAGCUGACCACUCCAGAGCUGGACAUUUCUUUGGAAGUAUCAUCCCAGGAAAAAUUUUCAGGGGAUAGUGCUUGUGUCUUCAAAUUGGGAGAAGCCUUGGAGUGUGAUGCCUGGCUGAGAAGGCAGCAGAACACUGAGGAGAAAUCUUAUGAAUGUAAUGAAUGUGUAAAGUCCUUCUACCACAGCCCCCAACUUCCUGAGCAUCAGAAAAUUCAUACUGGAGAGAAGCCUUAUGUAUGUAAGGAAUGUGGGAAAGCCUUCCGCCAUCGCCCAGCUCUUACUCAACAUUGGAAGAUUCAUACUGGAGAGAAACCUUAUAAAUGUAUGGAAUGUGGGAAGGCCUUCCAUCAGAGGGCAGGACUUAAUCAGCAUAAGAAAACUCAUACCAGAGAGAAACCUUACAUAUGUAAGGAAUGUGGGAAAGCCUUUCACCAGAGCACAGCACUCACUCUGCAUCAGAGAGUUCAUACUGGAGAGAAACCUUAUGAAUGUACAGAAUGUGGGAAGGCCUUCCAUCAAAGGACAGGACUUAAUCAACAUCAGAAAAUUCAUACUGGAGAGAAAACUUACGUGUGUAGUGAAUGUGGAAAGGCCUUCCACCAGAGCCCAACUCUUACUCGACAUCGGAGGAUUCAUACUGGAGAGAAACCUCACGUAUGUAAGGUAUGUGGGAAGGCCUUCCACCAGAGCACAGCACUUACUCAACACCAGAGGAUUCACACUGGAGAGAGACCUUAUGAAUGUACCAAGUGUGGGAAAUCCUUCAACUGCAACUCAUACCUUAUUUCCCAUUACAGAAUUCACAUUGAUGACAGACCAUAUGAAUGUAAGGAGUGUGGGAAGGCCUUCCGCCGGAGCACACAGCUUACUCGACAUCGGAGAAUUCAUACUGGUGAGAAGCCCUAUGAAUGUAAUGAAUGUGGAAAAGCCUUCUAUCGACGGUCAGGACUUACUGGACAUCAGAAAAUUCAUACUCGAGAAAAACCUUUUGGAAUCAAAUGAAUAUAGGAAAGCCCCCAGAAUUCAGCACUUACUUGAAUCAGAUACUGGAGAGAAACAUUAUAAACAUAGUGAAUGUGGGAAUGCCUUCUGCCAGAUGAUAGGACUUAUUUGACAUCUGAGAAUUCUCACUGGACCUAAAGAAUGUAAUGUUUGAGGGAAGGCUUUCCUCAAGAGUAAAGAACUUACUCAGCACCAAAGGAAUCACACUGGAAAGAAACUUGAUGAAUGCCAAGUCUUUUGAAGUAAUGCAUGUGUGAUCAUUCACUUUGCUGAAAGAUUUAGAAUCAAACUAAAAAAAGGACAUAAUAGAAAAAGAAAACUCCAAGUUUCCCACAAUGAGUUUUUCUUUUUUUUUUA